GUCUGAGAGUCACUAUAAAAGGGAUCUCUGGCACUGGCUCCUCAUACAAUCUGUCUCCUCAAGGAUCAACUAGUCAGCUUCUGUGAUCUGGUUGAACUUCUGCAGAAAUGUCCUGCCAACAAAGCCAACAGCAAUGCCAGGCUCCUAAGUGCCCCCUAAGUGUCCUCCCAAAUGCCAGACUCCUAAAUGCCCACCCAAAUGCCCACCUAAAUGUCCCCCCAAGUGCCCUCCCCAGGCUCCAUGUCCUCCUCCAGUCUCUUCCUGCUGUGGUUCUAGCUCUGGAGGAUGCUGCAGCUUGGGUGGAUGCUGUGGAUCCAGCUCUGGGGGAUGCUGUAGCUCUGGGGGAUGCUGUAGCUCUGGAGGAUGCUGUGGCUCUGGUGGUGGCUGCUCCCUCUUUUCCCAUCACAGGAGAUCCCGCAGGAGCAGGCGCCAGAGGAAUGACUGCUGUGACAGUGGCAGUGGGCGCAGCCAGCAUUCUGGAGGCUGCUGUGGUAGCUCAGGAGGCUGCUGUGGUAGCUCUGGAAGUUCUGGAGGUUGCUGUGGGAGCUCUGGAGGCUGCUGUGGCAGCUCUGGGGACUGCUGCUGAUCACUUACUACUCUCUACAUCAAGAAUCACCAAUGUAGAAUCCAAGGCCAACAAUGAUGCUGCUUCAGUCUGCAGUUUCACCUAUUUCUCCCUACAAUGCCCUGUAUCCACUCUGCUCUCCCUAAGCCCUAUUGAUCCUGUGUCCUGAAUCUUCCUGGCUUUAAUUAAAACGAAUUUGCCAUUGAUCACUGACUAUUUACAACAAUAAAUCUGCAUUCACAGUUA